UUGACUGAACAUGUCAUUCAAAACUUGUUGUGUGUGUUUUGUUUCAUUAUGUUUACGAGCGUUGUUGUGCACUAAAAUGAAAGGAUAAUCGUCCCCAAGACGGAGGCGCAGAUCAGCUGUUGGCUGCUUCGAACAGCGAGGAGGAAGUGAUGCAGAAAAAUGCCCGUAAUGAAGCUCCACUAAAAAAGGGAAGCACAAAGAAAUAGGCUCCUUAUUUUUUUUGCUGUAGUCUCUAAAUAUUCCUUUUAACGAAUGACCACUAUUCGAACAGACUCUGUUUAAAAGCAGCGGCUUAUUGCAAUGUGUCACUAAGCUGCCAACCAUGUAUACAUUGGGAACUUAUUAUUUCUAGCUGCCUGCUAGCUCUGCAAGCUAACGCGACGAGUUUGCCUCUUUUUAUUUCUGCUCUUACUUUUAACGGAUAACCCCCCCUCCCCCUUUUUUUAUGCUGGUUUCAUUCCAUGCAAAGGAGGUUGCUGGAGAAGCCACAGCUGCACAGGGAUAAACUGACGGAAGCGCGGCUGCCAGCUUGCGCCUACCUACCACCACAUAUCCUUCAUCAUUCACUCACCAGUGUGAGCAGGACUGGGGGAAAGGGUGACGUGUCCUGCCCAAGGACACAACGGCAGCGAUUUGGAUAUCAAGAGGCGGGGAGCGUACCUGCAACCCUCGGGUUUCUGAUGUCAAAGUCACAGUGAUGGAAAAGCAUAGUGAGCGACUGUGAUCUUUGCCAAUGUCUGUGGAAGUAGUUUGGUUUUCACAAGUGGCAGUACAAGACCUGGAUCGUGGUAUAUUUGGCACAGGCUUUGAGGGUAUGUUGAGGCAGUUGGACGGGCCAGAGCAGAGGCGUCUAGGUGGUUCCGACGGGGACUGAAUGCGAGGGGGACUGACGGAAAGGUGACCAGGCAGGAAGACAUGGGCCAGUGUGUCACCAAGUGCAAGAAUCCGACGUCUUCGCUCGGCAGCAAGAGUGGCGACAAGGAGAGCGGGUCCAAGUCCCACCACAAAAAAGCCAGCUGCGCUGGUAGUGGGGGAGGCCACAAGGAGGACCCCAGCGCCCCGAACAGCAGCAGCAAGCCCGGCAACGAGCUUUCGAAUGGAACCAAGGCCCUUGAGGUUACCGUGGAGACACCUGUUAUCUCAACAUUAAUGGGAGAACUAUGUGAGGAGAACACGGAUGGAGACGGGCUGUCCAUAAAGCACAUCGAGGAGCUGUUUUGCUGCUACAAGGAUGAGCAGGAGGAUGCCAUCUUGGAGGAAGGCAUGGAGAUGUUUUGCAACGACCUGUGUGUGGACCCGGCAGAGUUCCGUGUGCUCGUUCUUGCCUGGAAGUUUCAAGCAGCAACCAUGUGCAAGUUUACAAGAAAAGAGUUUGUUGAGGGUUGCAAGGCAAUCCAGGCAGACAGCCUUGAAGGAAUCUGCUCCCGCUUCCCCUACAUGCUACUGGACGCCCAGGGCGAGGAGAACUUCAAGGACCUGUACCGCUUUACCUUCCAGUUUGGCCUGGAUGCAGACGAGGGCCAGCGCUCGCUGCAGCGGGACAUUGCCAUUGCACUGUGGCGUCUGGUGUUCACCCAGGACAUGCCGCCUAUUCUGGAGCACUGGUUGGACUUCCUGGCGGAGAACCCCUCAGGCGUUCGGGGCAUCUCGAGGGACACUUGGAACAUGUUCCUGAACUUCACCCAGGCUAUCGGGGCAGACCUGAGCAACUACAGCGAGGACGAGGCCUGGCCCAGCCUUUUUGACACCUUUGUGGAGUGGGAAUUGGAGCGCAGGAAAAAAGAGGAGGCAGUAAUGGCGAAAGACGAAGAGGGACCGCUGACAGAGACGGAGAGUUCACCUAGCACAGACAGACUCGCAACAGAGGGGAGUCGUGGAUCACAGACAUGGGGGGGACACUGACCAGCUAACGACAGAAGAUUUGUAAGGGAGGAAACAUUUAAGUGAAAUGCACAUUUGUCAACCAUGGGAGGAAUAUUACAAUUACCAUACAGCUGGUCAUUUUUCUGUUGCAAUGGUAUUCCUGCUUUGCAUUUUUUAUAAUAUUUGUGUUUCGAAAGGGCUCUAUGAACUGACAUGUUAAGCACUUCUAUUUAAGUUAUUGCUCUAACCCUGCGCUCUGUGUGUUUUUAAGUGACAAGGCUUGGGGUCCAUUUUUACUUGCACCUACCUACCAUAAUACAUCAAACUCAAAAAAACAAAAAAGCCAUAACAUUACUGUUCUAUAAAUUAUUCAUUUUAAGAUGGUCACACUGCUGAUUUUUGUAUCUUAAAGAAGGGAAGGGGUCGCCCACAGUUUCUUAAGUUUGAGGUUGUUUUGUUUGCUUCCAUCUUGCAGUGCUGUGAGUAUGAAUUAGUAUUGCCUUCACCACUAUCGGCCUGCAGCAACAUGGAAAACGGAUACACUAUUCCUAAGGCAUUUUAUACAAGGGAAUAAUUUGUUUUAGUUUAAUUUUCACCACCACCAAUGACUGUGGAAAAUCCUAAUUCCAUGGUAACUGACCACCACACUUCAAUUUUGGAUUGUGUUUGAGUUAUGACUGAACUUUGUCUACAACGCUCCCUAUUGACCUCUUGACAUCUACAAAUGUCCAUUUCCGUUCAAGAAGCAGCCAAGUGUCGACAACGCGAUGACGCCGCCUUUUCCCGUAAACCCAAAUUUGCUGACGCUGCGUCAUUUCUUGUCAGAUGAUGCUCAUGCUGUUACAUUCAAAGCUUGAUGAUGUUUACCUCCAGGCAGUCAAGGUUUGACACAGCCUAUACAAGUGCACAUGUCACAAUGUUGACUAAGCAUGGUUCUGUCUAAUAAGAUUGCACAAAAUUCUUAUGGAAGGCAUGCGAGGGCACGAUACUUGCAGCACUUGGCACAAAUUGAUGUCAGCUGAAUUAAAUCCAUUUAAACCUUUCAUUGAGUACAAUAUUAGACACGGGUGUUGACAGGUGAAUCAGUGCUUACCUGUCUGCUAUCAAUGGAGUAGUGAGUGGGUGAGCAAAACCGGGUUUUAGUUUACAGCCACAACCUCAUCUUAUCCUUUUUAUGUAAACUGUAUUGAUUUAUAAUUAAUAAACAGUGUUGAGCUUUUGACUGUUGAAA